UCUCCUGUCAAAAUCACAUGUUUAUGACGUUUGUUUGACAGUAUUUUGUCAGCUGUCUCUAUUUGAAAUAAUCCCAGUGACACGAUGGCAAAUUUCGAUAAAAUUGAAAGAAAAUUGAAACAAUUGGACCAGAGCCACUUAUUGCAGUUUUUUUACACGUUUAGUGAUGAAGAAAAAAAGAAUUUCUUGCAACACUUGCAAAGUUUGGAUUUGGACGCCAGUACGAAGCUUUUCCAGCGAGCGAAAAAUUUCCUAGACGUGGCCCCAGACACAGAAGACAUGAAGCCAAUUCCUCAUUCACAAUUCGAGUCGGAGGAAGGUUGUGACAGUGAAACGCUUGAAAAAUACAGAACAAGAGGUUUAGAGGCAAUUGGUGCCGGGGAAGUUGGUGUCUUGCUUUUGGCAGGGGGGCAAGGCACCCGUUUGGGGGUUACAUACCCCAAAGGCAUGUACUCGGUCGGCUUACCCUCUGGGAAGACCAUUUUCCAAAUCCAGGCCGAACGAAUCAGAAGGGUCCAACAUUUGGCUAAGAAAUACACAGGAAAGGCAGGUAAAGUCACUUGGUAUAUCAUGACAAGUGGCCCCACGGACGAAAUGACUGAAACAUUCCUCAAAUCGCACAAUUCCUUUGGCCUUGACCCCGAAAAUGUGGUCUUAUUUAAGCAGGGCCUUCUACCAUGUUUUGAUUUCGACGGAAAAAUUAUAUUAGAAGCCCCAAAUCUAGUUGCCUUAGCCCCUGACGGCAACGGCGGGAUAUACCGGGCGUUGAACGUAAACGGAAUUUUAGACGACAUGCGGAGGCGUGGCGUUAAGUACAUUCACGCCCACAGCGUCGACAACAUUCUCACUAAAGUCGCCGAUCCGGUUUUCAUUGGCUACUUUAUCGAAAAAGGUGGCGAUUGCGCGGCCAAAGUAGUCAAAAAGGCGGGACCAACUGAAGCGGUAGGCGUGGUUUGUCAAAUCAACGGUCGUUUCCAAGUCGUUGAAUACAGCGAAAUAUCGGAAGAAAAAGCGCACUUACGCGACGAGGAGGGAAACCUUGUUUACAGUGCUGGCAAUAUUUGCAACCAUUUAUUCACAACUGCAUUCCUUCAGAGGGUUAGUGAUGAAUUCGAUGAAGAAUUGAAGUUACACGUAGCGAAGAAAAAAAUUCCUUUUGUUGACGAUAACGGAAAAACGAUCACACCGGAAAAACCCAACGGAAUCAAAAUUGAAAAAUUCAUUUUCGACGUUUUUCCAUUCAGUGAUCGGUUUGUGACUUGGGAAGUGCCGCGGAAAAGUGAAUUCAGUGCAAUGAAAAAUACAGAUAGUGUCGGUAAAGACUGUCCUUUCACAGCACGCCAAGAUUUAUUAGCCUUACAUCGGACUUAUAUCGAAAAAGCAGGAGGCGUGGUUUCCGCAGAGGUGGAGAUUUCACCCCUUCUAUCGUACACAGGGGAGGGGCUUGAAGAUCGGGUGAAAGGGAAAACCUUUACGGAAACCACAGUUUUAUUGGGGGAGGAAGAAAUUAGUAUUAAUGGUGGGAGGGUUUAAAACCGCGAAUUGAUAAGACUGCUUCCGUCCCGCCUACUUAAUUGUAUUUUAUAAAAGACGCUUUUUAUUCCACAUGGUCGCAAAGUAAUCACUAAUCAAUAAGAUAUCUCCAAUUUUAUAUACAUACUUAAGCUAUUAUGAAAUGAUAAUAGCAUUUUAUUUAAUCAAGGAUCAUAACAAAAUCCCACAAUAUUUGUUUUAGAAUACCCAUUUAGUAACAAAUAAAUGGUGCAGCACGCAA